GAGCGACAUGCUCAGUCAAAAAAUUGUUCCUCCAUACCUAUUCUCGAACAAACACUACUAUUGCUCAUGAAUGUACCGUACCUACUUUAUCGAUACUCGAACAUUCUUUGCUCGAACGCACUCAAGCGUUGUCUAAUCGCACUCGGUACCGGUACCGAGAAGGUUAACUCCGACCGGUACUACCAACCGAACGUACCCGUAUCCCUUACAAAUCUUGGCCCUAGGCACUCAAGUCAAGUCUGCAGUGAGCGACAACCGACAACCAUAUAUGAUACCAAGCCUCAGCUUUGCUGUUUGCUGGUGGACGGUGGUACCUAA